AGCACAAGCGAACCUGAUUCUUCUUCUUCCAGAUCAACCAGUCCAAGAAAAAGAGCCCGCCGUGGUUUUCUAGCUAAUAAUUCAACUUCCUAAGCUAGACAUGGAGGCGGUGGAGUCGUCGGCGGUGGUGAGCUGCGAGUGCUGCGGCCUGGGGGAGGAGUGCACCGGCGAGUACAUAGUCCGCGUGAGAGCCUACUUCGGGGGCCGGUGGCUGUGUGGGCUGUGCUCCGAGUCCGUCAAGUACGAGGCCGGCCGCAGCAAGCGCGCGGCGGCGAUGGGCGUGGAGGAGGCCGUGCGGGCGCACAUGGCCUUCUGCCGGAUGCUAAGGCGCGGCGGACCCGCGGAGCGCGUCGCCGAGGGCAUAUGCCAGAUGCUUAGGCGGCGCACCGCGUUCGGGAACUGCCGGGUCGCCAUCUCAUCGUCCUUGUCGUGGCGGACGACGCCGGCGCCGGUGGCGUUAGCGUCUGGACCGCACAACCGCGCGUCUAUGGAGCCGCUGUCGAUAGGUCUCUGA